CCUUGCCUGGGUAGCGGUCCACAGGUUAGGUAGGGAUUGCAAUCCCCGCCAACUCCUGGGUGCGCAGCUGCCGGCAGGUGCGUGGGCCGGAGCCUGGUGCGGCGGGGCGGGGCCACUCGCAUUCAUUCCUCGCCACUCCCUACCGGGGCUGGGGGUUGCGUGUGGACAAUCCGAUCCCCGUGGGACUCGGCGGCGGGCCCCAUCCGCGGCUUGGCGGAUUGGCUGAGUGUCCCAGCUCCCCCUCCCUGCCCUCGGUACCCCCCCCCUCCACGCGUCCCAGGUGGCUCAGGCCCCGGUGGUGAUCUCUGUUUACGGAGAGAGCCUGUCCAAGUUGGGGCUCCAUCUCUGCGUUCGCUUCUCUCCCGGGCCCUGCCCGCCCGGGAAGCGGGGAGAAAACCCGGCUGAAUCCUUCCUCGCCCUUCCCUUCCCCCCAACGCCCAGAGAGAUCGGACGGCGAUGACCCCCAAGCUGGCCGGACCCCCGGAUGGGGGCUGGGGCUGGGUGGUGGCGGCCUCAGCCUUCGCGGUGAACGGCCUCUCCUACGGGCUCUUGCGCUCUCUGGGUCUGGCCCUCCCUGACCUCGCCGAGCACUUUGACCGGAGCGCCCAGGAGACUGCGUGGGUCAGCGCCCUGGCCUUGGCCGUGCAGCAGGCAGCCAGCCCCGUGGGCAGCGCCCUGAGCACACGCUGGGGGGCGCGCCCGGUGGUGAUGAUCGGGGGCGUGCUGACCUCGCUCGGCUUCUUCUUCUCGGCUUUCGCCCGAAGCCUGCUGCACCUUUACCUGGGCCUGGGCCUCCUCGCUGGCGCCGGCUGGGCCCUGGUGUUCGCCCCUGCCCUGGGCACCCUGUCGCGGUACUUCUCCCGCCGUCGGGUCUUGGCGGUGGGGCUGGCACUCACGGGUAACGGGGCGUCCUCGCUGGUGCUGGCGCCGGCCCUGCAGCUCCUUCUGGAUACUUUCGGCUGGCGGGGCGCGCUGCUUCUUCUAGGCGCGGUCACCCUCCACCUCACCCCCUGUGGCGCCCUGCUGCGACCCCUGGCUCUCACUGGCGAUCCCCCUGCUCCACCACGUAGCCCCCUAGCUGCCCUCGGCCUGGGUCUCUUUAAGCGCAGGGCCUUUUCCAUCUUUGCCCUGGGCACAGCCCUGAUUGGGGGCGGGUACUUCGUCCCUUAUGUGCACUUGGCCCCCCAUGCUUUAGAUCGGGGUCUGGGAGGGUAUGGGGCAGCGCUGGUAGUGGCCGUCGCUGCAGUGGGGGAUGCCAGCGCCCGGCUGGUCUGCGGGUGGCUGGCCGACCAGGGCUGGGUACCCCUCCCGCGGCUGCUGGCCGUGUUCGGGGGUCUGACCGGACUGGGGAUCUUGGCGGUGGGACUGGUGCCCACGGUGGAGAGCGAGGACAGCUGGGGGGGACCUCUGCUGGCCGCGGCUGGGGCCUACGGACUGAGCGCUGGAAGUUACGCCCCACUGGUUUUCGGUGUGCUUCCGGGGCUGGUGGGCAUCGGAGGUGUGGUGCAGGCCACUGGACUGGUGAUGAUGCUGAUGAGUCUCGGGGGCCUCCUAGGCCCUCCCCUGUCAGGCUUCCUAAGGGAUGAGACUGGAGACUUCAGCGCCUCUUUCCUAGUGUGUGGAUCGUUCAUCCUUUCUGGCAGCUUCAUCUACAUGGGGCUGCCCAGAGCUAUCCCCUCUUGCAGGCCAGCCUCACCUCCAGCUACACCUCCUCCUGAGAGGGGGGAACUGCUGCCAGUUCCCCAAGCCAUUCUGCUCUCCCCAAGAGGCCUGGCCUCCGCCAGGGAUACAACUUGUUGAUCAUCUAUUUGUGCAAGCCCCUCCCCCAAUAAAGAAUUUUUAU